CAGACGUGCAGCGAGCGAUACAACGCGAGGUGAGUGAUGAUGAGAAUCUGAGCGGCUGACCGGAGUAAGGACACACCGUGCACGAGAUCGGAUCGCGGAUCGAAGAGAGGAAUCGAGAUCGCCAGCGGCCAGAAGACAGACCAGGGCGAUGGGCGUACCGAGCGGCAGAAACGUCGAGGCGAUGGACGUGGACGUGAAUCCGGCGAGCGCGUCGGACGCGCAGAACAACGGCGACGGUGACGGCGCGCCGGGCGAGCGCCGGGACACCGAUAUGCAGACCCUGUGCGACAUCCGCGAGCACACGCGGCAGAUCGAGAAGGCGGUGCAGAACAAGGAGCCGCGCUUCGUGCUGCGCGCCCUACGCGCCCUGCCCAACACGCGCCGCCGCCUCAACCCGGUCGUGCUGCGCGGCCUCGUCACCGGCUUCUACACCAAGUCCGCCGCCGAGCGCGACGCCCUGCUCGCCUGGGUGGAGGAGCCGAUGGACGUGGACGACUGCCAGGCGGUCACGCAGAAGUUCCGCGCCCCCUCGUCGUCCCUGCUGCCCGAGAUCGACGGCUACGUUCAUCUGAUGGUGCUGAUCCGGCUGAUCGACACCGGCAAGUACAACGAGGCGGUGCAGUGCUCGGAGCAGCUGGUCCAGAAGAUCGGCGCGCAGAACCGCCGCACCAUCGAUCUGAUCGCCGCCAAGUGCUACUUCUACCACUCGCGCGCGUACGAGCUGACGGAUCAGCUGGACAAGAUCCGCGGCUUCCUGCACCUCCGCCUGCGCACCGCGACCCUGCGCAACGACUUCGAGGGCCAGGCGGUGCUGAUCAACUGCCUGCUGCGCAACUACCUGCACUACAACCUGUACGACCAGGCGGACAAGCUGGUGCUCAAGUCGACCUUCCCCGAGUCGGCCAGCAACAACGAGUGGGCGCGCUUCCUCUACUACCUCGGCAGGAUAAAGGCCGCCCGGCUGGAGUACUCGGCCGCGCACAAGUACCUCGUGCAGGCGAUGCGCAAGGCGCCGCAGACCACGGCGGUCGGCUUUCGGCAGACGGUGCAGAAGCUUGCGGUCGCCGUCGAGCUCCUCCUCGGCGACAUCCCGGAGCGGCAGAUAUUCCGGCAGGCCGCCCUGCGCCGCGCCCUCGCCCCGUACUUCCAGCUGACCCAGGCGGUGCGCCUGGGCAAUCUGCAGCGCUUCGGCGAGGUCCUGGAGAACUUCGGGCCGCAGUUCCGCGCUGAUCACACGUUCACGCUGAUCCUGCGGCUGCGGCACAACGUCAUCAAGACGGCGAUCCGCUCGAUCGGGCUGUCCUACUCGCGCAUCUCGCCGGCCGACAUCGCCCGCAAACUGGGGCUGGACUCGAGCGUCGACGCCGAGUUCAUCGUCGCCAAGGCGAUUCGCGACGGGGUGAUCGAGGCCACCCUCGAUCCGGAGAACGGCUACAUGCGCAGCAAGGAGACCACGGACAUCUACUGCACCAAGGAGCCGCUGCUGGCCUUCCAUCAGAGGAUCACCUUCUGCCUGGACCUGCACAAUCAGAGCGUCAAAGCGAUGCGUUACCCGCCCAAGUCCUACGGCAAGGACCUGGAGUCCGCGGAGGAGCGCAGAGAGAGGGAGCAGCAGGAUCUGGAGCUGGCGAAAGAAAUGGCCGAGGAAGACGACGAUGGUUUCCCUUGAAUUCCACAGACGUCCGCAGACAUCGAGAAUUCUUAGACGAAAUUGGAAGCGUGACGUGUUUCCGGUGCCGUUCGAGAAGAUAUUAAGUCGUGAUUUUCUAACGUUGGAUUUGUAGACACAUCUAUAGGCCCGAUAAAGACUAAUAAAAUGCAUUGCCCUGACAUUUACGGGAUGCAUCCUCGCAUUCGUGAACGUCAAUAAUGACCUAGUUUAUGCCGUACAUUUGUUACGCGUACCAAUUAGUGUCUGUCUAUUAUAUUGUCUUAAUUUCAGUAAUGCAUUCAAAGAAUCGAGUAAUCUGAUAUAGUGUGCAUCAGGAUAAUUAAUUCAAUAGACGUAUCAUGUAUACGUUUACACGCAUCGCCGAAAUUAAGCUAAUUUAAUAGAAAGUUACCCAUUAGUACGCGUAUCAAGUGCUCGAUGUAAAUUAAGUCAAUGACUUAAGAAAUAAAUAAUACAAUUCGAAUUAUAUGUAACAUGAAAUGAAAACAAUAUUGCAAUCGGUUUAAUGAAGUAACUUCUUGAUAUUGUUAUUUAUAUGUUAUUGUAUCAAAAGUCUUACUUCGACUAAUUGUAAUAAGUUUUUAAAAUUGCAUAAUUAAAAAUGUAAAAGCGAAAGUAAAAAUAUAAAAAAAAAGGAGAUUAGACACAUAUGUGCUACCUUGAUAUAUUUAUUAUUUUUAUAAUGUCAUGGUAUCAAUAGAUGAUAUGAUAACAAUAUAGGUAUCAUUUAUAUGAUUUUAUGUGCAUUAACAAAAUCAUCUAAUAUAGAUAUAUGUGAAUAAACGAAAAUCUUGUAAAAAAAAAA